AUGGACAUUGAAGAUUACAAUCAAAAGUCCGGGUUUACGCAAAAGAGCACUGAGGCUGCAACAGAUCUUGGAAAGCUUGAGUGGCAUACCAACACCGUCGAGGAAGUGCUUCGCCGCCUCUCUACAGCCGUUCACGAAGGCCUCUCCGCUGCCCAAGUCGAGCGUCGAGUCGCCCGCUAUGGCAAGAACGCUCCGUCUCCCGCACCGACACACAAUACAAAAAGGAUUAUUGGGUACUUCCUGAAGGGCUUUGGCACAGUCCUUCUACUUGCCUCCAUCCUCGUCUUCAUCGCAUGGCGUCCCCUUGGAAAGCCGCCUGCAGAUGCUAAUCUCGCGCUUGCUAUCGUCCUGCUCGCCGUGUUCUUCAUCCAAGCCGCCUUCAAUUUGUGGCAGGACUGGUCCUCAUCCCGAGUCAUGGCCUCUAUCAAGACCAUGCUCCCUGAGUUCUGUCAAGUCGUUCGCGAUGGCCAUGAGGUUUCCCUGCUUGCUGAGCACCUCGUCCCGGGAGAUAUUUUGCUCAUAAAAGCGGGAAAUAAGCUCCCGGCCGACGUCCGCUUCACCGAGACAUCAUCUGAUGCCAAGUUUGAUCGCUCCAUCCUCACAGGCGAAUCCGCUCCUCUUCAAGCGACCGUGGACUCUACCGAUGACAACUACCUAGAAACAAAAUGCAUUGGACUUCAGGGCACACAUUGUGCCUCUGGAACAUGCACUGGAGUCGUUGUCGCCACAGGAGACACUACUGUCUUUGGUAGAAUUGCUCAGCUUACUAACAAGCCCAAGACGGGUCUUACGACACUCGAGCGAGAAGUCUUUCACUUUGUCAUGGUAAUUUGCUCCAUCAUGCUCUUGAUGAUCAUCAUUGUCAUUAUCAUUUGGGCAACAUGGCUUCGAAAGAAGUAUCCCGACUGGAUUAAUGUCCCUAAUCUCAUCAUAUCGUGCGUCUCGGUGGCUGUCGCCUUCAUUCCAGAAGGCCUUCCUGUCGCUCUGACGGCCAGCAUGACCAUCAGCGCCAACAUGAUGCGAAAGCAAAAGAUCCUCUGCAAGUCCCUCAAAACCGUGGAGACACUCGGCUCGGUAUCGGUUAUUUGCUCUGACAAGACCGGAACAUUGACCCAGAACAAAAUGGUUGUUACUGAAUGCGCAAUCGGUGAGAAGAGGAUGCUUGCGGACGAGGCCAGGGAUCUGAUAGUUCUCAACGAACACGCCAACCCCAAGAACAACGCCAUCAGCCAACUCCGUGCAGUUGCAGGACUGUGUAAUGCCGGUACCUUUGACGCUUCCACCAUCAACCAUCCACUUCAUGAGCGCAUCAUCCAUGGUGACGCCACGGACCAGGCAAUUCUUCGAUUUUCCGAAGGCCUCGGUGAGGUAGCUGUGCUUCGCCGAUUCUGGCACACAAAGUAUGAGCUUGCAUUCAACAGCAAGAACAAGUAUAUGAUCAAGGCAUUCACCCUGGCGCAUCAGAGCGGCGUGGCACUUGCCUUGCCUGCCGAUACUGCCUCCGUGUUCGGGCCGGGCGACGUGCUUUUGACCAUAAAGGGUGCGCCUGAGAUCCUCCUCGACAGGGUCAGCUCCUAUGUUAACCCCUCGGGCGUUACCAUUACUCUGGAUGAUGUCACCCGCAAGAGUAUUGAGCUGAUCAAGGAUGAAUGGGCAUCCCAGGGCAGGAGAGUUCUGCUUUUGGCUCGCAAAGCCCUCUCCAGCUCUGUCUUUCCAGUUGGAAUGUCUUCUUUGGCUUUGGAUUCGGAAAUGCACAAGCAGGCCGCCUCGGGGCUGACCCUUGUUGGCCUAGUCGGCAUCGUUGACCCUCCUCGCCCGGAGAUUCCUGACGUGGUUGAAACCCUUCGUCUGGCUGGCAUUCGGAUAUUCAUGGUCACUGGAGACUUUUCACUCACUGCGCAGGCCAUCGCAAGGGAGUGCGGAAUUGUCACUACCAGACAUGUCGACGGCAUUGACGCACUCCAUCGUACCACCACUCUCGACCCCUCCAUUCGCGCUCUUGAACUCGACUUUGGGUCUGACGGGCCACGCCAGGCUAUUGUUCUCAGUGGUCCAGAACUCAUCACACUCAAUGAAGGCCAGUGGGAUCAACUGGCGGCGUAUAAAGAAAUUGUCUUUGCCCGCACAACUCCAGAACACAAGCUCCGCAUUGUGCGAGAGUUCCAGGCUCGUGGCCAGAUCGUAGGCAUGACAGGCGAUGGCGUCAACGACGCCCCGUCCUUGCGAGCUGCCGACGUGGGUAUCGCCAUGGGAUCUGGCAGUGAUAUCGCCAUCGAAGCCGCCGACAUGGUCUUGCUGGACUCGUUCUCGAGCGUUGUGGAAGCACUGCGAUACGCGAGGAUGAUGUUUGACAACCUCAAGAAGACCGUGGCGUAUCUACUGCCCGCCGGAAGCUUCAGCGAAUUUUGGCCCGUCAUGACGAAUGUCGCAUUUGGAAUCCCGCAGAUCUUGAGUAGCUUCCUCAUGAUCAUUAUCUGCUUGUUCACCGACGCGGUGGCAGCCAUCGCUCUCGCAUACGAAGCACCGGAGGCGGAUGUCUUGCUUCGGAAGCCGAGAAUCCCGGGCAAGGAUCGGCUUGUCGACUGGCAGCUCAUCGUGCAGGCCUAUGGCGUGGUGGGGAUGAUGGAGACGACGGCGUCGUUUGCCAUGUCGUACUGGUACCUGGAGCGAAACGGUAUCCCAUUUUCAACUAUCUGGUUUUCCUUCGGAAACAUCCCCGACUCGAUCGACCCGGACUAUUACACCCAAAAGCUGUACGAGGCGUCGUCCAUUUACUUCGUAAACCUCGUCGUCAUGCAAUGGUUCAAUUUGUUGGCCGUCCGCACCCGACGUCUAUCCAUCAUCCAGCAUCCCCCCCUGUUCAACAAAGAGACACAGAACCUGUACCUCUUCCCAGCAAUUUUGUUUGCUCUGGUCAUGGCCUUCCUUUGGCUCUAUCCCCCUGUAUUCCAUCGCGUUCUGCUCACGGCCGAGGUUCCUGUUGAGUAUUGGUUCCUUCCCAUGGCAUUCGGUAUGGGGAUUAUUCUUAUGGACGAAGCGAGGAAGUAUGGCGUAAGAAAUUGGCCGAAGGGCAUUUUGGCUCGUAUGGCUUGGUAG